AUGGCGGAACACGACGGUGGGAAGAGCUGGGAAGAGGAGAAGCUUGAAGAUGAUCGUCUUAUGGAGCAAAUUCUUGCGAACCCAGAGCAAUCAGGUCAAAAUGAGGGUCUCUUUGACGUCAAUCGUCCCCUUGAUCUGGGCGACAAGGCAGACGACGCGCAAGACUUCGAAGACAUCAGCGACGAUGACCUCCCCGACGAAGAAGAGGCUACAGGUUCCAAAGAUGACGACGGGCUUGGUCUCACAGAUGAUGUAGACAUGGGUCUGGAUGACGAUGACGAUUUGUUUGGAGACAAUCAGCCCUCGACACCCUACGAUCACUUCGAUGAAGAGGAUGAUACCCAGGCCAACGGUGUGACCGAUCCCUCGCAUAUUAACGGAGCACUCACAUUGCCACCCGUGGAUCCUGCAGAAGCAGUAGCAAAUCUGCGCGCCCUCAACUUCCCCGAACAUGCUCCUACAACUCAUCAGGACGAUAUACCCGCUGACUACGAAGGUGAUGAUGACUUCAUCCGCCAGAACUGGCCUUCUUAUGAGAAAGAAAGCGCCAUCAACCUCACAGAGCUCUUCCCUCCCCGACAAGCCCACUUCAUUCCUAAAGCGCCGGUCAAACCUCCAAAGCCAGUAAAUCCCACGAAGGUCAGCUUGGACUUGGCGCCUGAUCAAGAGAAAGUCUUUCGAGCAGCAGGUCCAGCCAAAUCUGAUAAGAACAAAUGGAGUCUGGAAGCAGAGGCGAAGGGUUUGGUGGCUAUUGUAGAGGAAUCUUCCGAGGAGGCGGAUAGUGAGGAUGAAUUUGACUUUUCUCCUCAAGACCGUGACGAGGAGUUGGGGGGACGGUCUAUGAUAGACAUUGAGAUUGCUUGUGCAGAUUGGGAAUCCAACAUCAACCCGCAGGUCCCGACACCGCCUCCGGAAGAGAACAUCGAGCCUAUGGACGCAUGGGAGCAAGAGUUCCUCGGGCCUUCAUUGAAGGGGAAGGAGAAAGCGAAGGACGACUUCACAAUUACUCCUAUCUAUCCCGUUCCCAAUUUCGACAAUUUUGAGCAGUUGACUGCACAAGUUGCGAAGCGCGUCGUACUUGAUCUCAACGACCCUCUUCUCCUGGUAGAUACCUUGGAACCCAGCCAAGCAACAAAGCGUCGACGUCUUGAUAAGAGAGGCAAUUUCAAAGGUGUCGGUGCUGGCAGCUUCGCAUCGACUCUGUCUGCGCGAUUCAACAUGUCAAACGACGAGGCAUAUGAGGCGCUGAAGGAAAAUCAUCAAAGCAAGGUUCGCGCUACACUUGGCAAUAUUUCUGUCGAGCACAGCCUGCCAGCACAGAAGCUUCAGUAUCCAUUCUACGUUGUCAAGAUGGAGCCAAAGAAACUCCGUGAAUAUCACCGUCCUUAUCUGCAAAUGAAGGGCUUUAACCAAGUUCUCACCUUUUCUAAGCCGGGUAUGCGAAAGAGAAAAGCAGUGAAGAACCUACCGACUACCGAAAUCUUCAAGGAGUCCAAGGAUCUGUCUCUUGCAGAUCAUUAUUCUUCUGCUACCCUAUUAGAAUACUCCGAAGAACAUCCCACUGUUCUUUCGAACUUUGGAAUGGGCAACCGCAUCAUCAACUAUUAUAGGCGGAAGGACGCCGAUGAUGCGGAACGACCUAACCCAGAAGACAAGGUCGGCGAUGCUACUGUGUUGCUUCCAGAGGAUAAAUCUCCAUUUGCAAACUUUGGAAUGGUCGAUCCUGGUGAGACAGUACGCGCCAUCCACAACCAGAUGUACCGUGCGCCCAUUUUCAAACACGAACCGAAAGGCACCGACUUUCUAGUUAUCCGUUCUCAAACUGGCAAGGAAGGCGCUAAUUACCAUAUUCGCAACAUUGACAAUCUUUUCGUUGUAGGACAACAAUUCCCAAAUAUGGAAAUUCCAGGCCCACAUUCACGAAAGGGACAUCUCAAGAUUCAAGAGAUCACCCGUCAUAUCUCCGGCUCUACCGAUAUGCAAAACAGGCAGAAACUCAAGGAAUUUAUGACGUAUGAUAAGGCCGACAAAGUCUGGCGGGUGAAGUCUGGAGAACCAUUACCGGAUGAAGCGACAAUUCGUGCUAUGGUCAAGCCAGAAGAGGUCUGUCUUAUUGAUGCAAUGCAGGUCGGAUCACAGCAUCUCGAGGAUGCUGGAUACGUAGCAGGUGAAGAAGAUGAAGCCAAUGAAAGAGAAGACCAAAGUUUGGAGCAGAAUCUUGCACCUUGGAGAACCACGAAGGCAUUCAUUGAGGCUUCAGCCGAUAAGGCAAUGCUUCAGCUCCAUGGCGAAGGAGAUCCAUCUGGAAGAGGCUCUGCGUUCAGCUUCAUCAAGACCUCGAUGAAAGGUGGAUACCUGGAGGCAAUCGCUCAUGGACCCAUGGCUUCUGCUGCUGCUCGUGUCGCAAAGGAUCCCAAGGCGAACAAUGGUCACACAUACAACGUUAAAGCCCAACAGUCCAUUUAUAAUGAAGCAAUUCGCCGUAUUUGGGAUCAACAAAAGUCUGAGCUUAGCAACGUCCAUGAACCUGAAGCUAUAAAUGGAGAGAUGAAUGGUGGUGAUAAUAGCGGUCAUGGAGUGGCCAACACCCCUGCACCUUUCGAUGAUGAUAACGCUAGCGUCUUCAGCGUUACGAGUCGCCAAGGCAAGGUAAUGAGAAUCACCAGACAGUACGAGGACGAACAUGGUGAAGUCCGUGAAGAGAUCGAAGAGGUCACAGAUCCCAAGGUCUGGCUUCGUUACGAGAAGUUGCGUCGUGAGAAGCAAGGAGCUGAGAUCGAGUAA